GGACUGCGGAAGUCAAGAUGGCGGUCGAGAAAAAACAAGAAGAAGACGUAAAGUAUCAAAACAACAAAAAUCAAAGCAAAUUGCCAACCAAACACAAUAUCAAUGAAUUGAAAAAUGUCUCUGAGCUUCAAAGAAGAGCAUACAUGACUGCAGCAUUGAAAGUUUUCGUUGUAUUUCUUGGGUUUGUUAUCAUAGCGUUGGUGAUCACUUCCACUGUCCUUUUAACUAUCACGGAGAGAUUUAACAAUCUCGGUUCUCUAUCCUUUAACGAAGAUACUGGAAAGCUUCUCAUUAAGAACGCCGGGAAAGACAAUGCAUUGGAAGGUUAUCUCGGGAAGGGAAUCGUUGGUGGUAAGAUUUAUAAACGAAGAAUCACAUCUCAAGAGCUUUUUUAUGAGUGGGAAAAUAAUGCUAAUCUGACUAUCGAAAAAGAUUCAAAGUUUGAAAAAUGUUUCAAGUUAAAAUGGUUUCAAGGAUCAAGUGGUUUGACGUCUCUACAAGAUUCCUUCAGCUUAAAUAAUGUGCAUAUAUAUGGUGGAUCAGAGCUUUAUGUACAGCUAUGGCCUUUAGAACUAGCUAGUAUUGAUACCCAACCUUUUCUUCCACAAGAUACCAUCCUUGCGUAUUAUAGCAAUAAGACCGUAUAUGGGCCGGCAUUAGAGCGUCUCUGGAUGAGCUCUAAUGGCAUUGGGGUUAUUGUUGAUGAGAGUGUUCCUCUCCAUGUGGGAGUCAAUGGAAUAUCCUCUAAGUCAAUGCUGAUGCUCAAAAGUGAUUUGCAGGGUUAUGGGAAUGGCCCUUUGCAUCUAACAUACAGGAUAUGCACUGGAUUAAAUAUAAAAGAAUUGUAUCAGUAUGUCAUGGGGAGCAUACUAAGUUUGCCUAAGACAAUCCCAGAUGAGAGAAUGAUAAAAGAACCAAUAUGGUCGACAUGGGCAAUGUAUGGCAAAGCUGUCAAUCAGAAAGAUGUAACAGACUUUGCCAAUCAAAUCAAAAAGUUUAACCUCUCCUGCAGUCAGAUUGAAAUUGAUGACAUGUACUCCACGGCUUAUGGGGACUUUGACUUCAACACUAACAAGUUUCCAAAUGCAACUAAGAUGAUUGACAGUUUGCACAACUCAGGUUUCCGAGUAACUGUCUGGAUGUACCCCUUUGCUAACACUAACUCUAAAGCAUUCCUCGAAGCAAUAGAUUAUUGGGUAAGGGGACCUGAUGAAAAGGUUCCAGGCUUAGUUAAAUGGUGGAAUGGGAUUGGUGGAGUUCUGGAUACCACUUCUCCAAAGUCAACUCAAUUAUUUUCCAAUCGAUUGAAAGCAUUCCAGUCUAAGUACAAGAUUGAUUCAUUUAAAUUUGAUGCAGGCAGUGUCUCCUAUCUACCAAAGGGUUUUAAUCUGUAUAACAUGACUAACAAUAACCCAAGCUGUUAUUCCUCAAACUAUGCAUGCCUUGCGUCUGACUUUGGAAGCCUAGUUGAGGUUCGAGUUGGAUUUCGCACUCAACAUUUACCCAUUUUUGUCAGAAUGCUUGACCGUUCUUCAACAUGGAACAGAGAGAAUGGUCUGAAAUCUGUCAUUCCUACGACUCUUACCUUUGGUAUUCUUGGCUAUCCAUUUGUGCUCCCAGACAUGGUAGGUGGUAAUGGGGUUGAAAUAAGUUCAUCUGUAAACUAUACUAGCAAGCCUGACAAAGAACUGUACAUACGAUGGAUGCAAAUGAAUACUUUUCUUCCUGCCAUGCAGUUUUCUUUUGUUCCAUGGCUCUAUGACAACCAAACAGUUGCAAUUGCAAAAAGCUUAAUAGAUCUUCGCAUGACAAUAUCCAAAACGCUCAUACAGGCUGCAAAGAAUAUUUCAAUUUUCAAUGCUCCAAUAAUCAGACCACUUUGGUGGAUUUCUCCUCAUGAUGAAACCUGCUUGACUAUAGACACUGAGUUUCUUGUUGGUGAACAGUAUCUAGUUGCACCAGUAUUGGAUCCGUAUUCAGUAAACAAAGGCACACACAGUGUGUAUCUACCUGCAGGCAAGUGGAAGAAAGAGUUUGGAACAAAGGAUAUAAUUGAUAGCACACCUGACGGAAAAUGGAUAAAAUUCAAAGUAACAUUAGAAGAUCUGCCAUACUUUUCUGUGGUAAAAGAUGUAUGACAUGCCAGGACACAUUUGAUUGGUAUUUGCAAAUUGCAUGCUUGUCAGGGCAAGAUCCUGGAUCUUUAAAGGAGAGGAAGGGGGGGGGGGGGGGGGGGGG